AUGAACACAAAGUGCAAGAGAUGUGGAGCCUUACAGACGAUUGAGCACAUUCUGUUCCACUGCCGAUUCGCAAGAGAUGUUUGGAAUUACGGGCCAUGGAACUCUCCCUUGAACCUGUCUCAGGUAUCUUCCUUCUUCAAAAAGCUCCAUGCUUCGUACAAUCUGAUCAUGUUACCACCGUUUGGCGUAUUGGGAAAUGCAUUUCCUUGGCUGUGUUGGACAAUCUGGAUCGCACGAAAUCAUCUCCUUUUUGAGAAUCGACAUGCCUCUGCAACAUCUACAGCACUGAAGGCAAUUUUGGCUCAGAAAGAAUGGAAAUCAGUGCAACCAAAUCGCCCUCGUUCUAGUCCUAAGGUGAUACUACCACCACCACAGGUCCUCUCAAACAGCCCUCAUAUGGUGUUCUGUAAAACCGAUGCAUCGUGGAAAUCAGAUCUCCAAGCGGUGGGCUUAGCCAGGAUCUUUACUGACCAUAACGCUAAGCGGCGGGCUUAG